AUGCAUUCGUUUCUAAUUUUUGGUUUAUUUAGAAUAACUUUAGAAGAUGGUUCUGUCAUGGUAGCUGAAAGAGCAUCUGACGGAUCUUUCAAAAUGACUUGUGAUGAUGAAGAGGAAGAGGAGAGGGACGAAUUGAACUCAGAAGUUGCACAAGGUUCCUCAGUAGAUGUUACUGGUACUAGUUGCGGCGUUUCGCAGAGACAGAAAAAGAAACGUGAAAGGUUACGACGCUUUGGAUUUAUAGUUGAUGAUAAUCCAGAUUUUCAAGUGGCGAACGUUACUAAAGGCGUCUAUUUGGGUAGCCAGGACGUAGCUCAUUCUUUAAAGAUUUUAAAAGAGCAUAAUAUUUCUCAUAUUAUAAACUGUGCAACUGGAGUUCGGAACAUUUAUGAAGGUCAUUUCAAAUACUUGAAAAUAGAAGUAAAUGAUUUACCUAAUGUAAAUUUACGCUCGUACUUCGAUGAAGCACACAACUUUAUGAGGAAAUGCGUUGAGGCAGGUGGUAAUGUAUUUGUGCACUGUAACGCUGGACUGUCUCGCUCUCCGACGAUAGUUCUUUCCUACAUUAUGCGUUAUGAAAGGAAAACUUUACAGGAAGCUCUUGCUCAAGUGCAAGCGAUAAGACAAGGUUUUCGCCGAAUCCUGGUUUUUUACAGCAGUUGUUUGCUUAUGAAUACGAACUACGGAGCUGCUCUUCUACCACUGACUGAGGUGUGUCUAUUAAGAUUUUAUGAAAGAGAACAAGCGGUAACUGGACUUGGUGCAGUGGCAACUGAUCUACAGAUGGCAAAUGUUGCCAAAAAUGUCUAUUUGGGAAGUGAAGAUGUGGCGAAGGAUUUUGACCUUUUGAGCUUUCACAACAUUACUCAUAUAAUUAACUGCACUCAAAACGUCGGUAAUUUAUUCGAGGAUAAAAUAACAUAUUUGAACAUCAAAAUUAUAGAUACGCAGCAAGUGAACAUAAAAAAGUACUUCGAUCAAGCUUUCCGUUUCAUAAGUGAUUGUAUCAAUAGCGGUGGAAAUGUAUUGGUACAUUGUAAUCAAGGGAUUUCACGUUCUGCAACAGUUGUUAUUUCCUAUAUCAUGAAGUCGGAGAACAAAACGUUCAAGGAAGCUUUAAAUCAAGUAGAAGCAGUACGAAAAGGUUCUUUCAACUCUUGCACUGAGUCGAUUUAUCACUGCAGUAACUGUUCAGCCAAAUAUAUGCCAAACUCUUGGAAUAAAAUGACUUUGUCUAACUCUUCAUUAUGCUGA